AUGGCAUACCUGUUGCUUGGAAGCCUUCCGCUCCUUUCGGUGCAGUCUGGAUCGACCGCAGCCUUGUGCCUUGGGGAACUUCUUGCCUCGAGUGAAGAUGCCGAUCUUGCAGCGAUUGCAGGUUUGCUGGCUGUCCUCGUUGGAGCAAUGCACUUCCUGAUGGGCCUCCUCGACUUGGGAGCUGCCGUGGAGCUGUUCUCCCAGCCUUUACUCCGUGCUCGGACUGGAGCUGCGGCACUCAUUGUUCUCUUGGGUCAGACUGAGACGCUUCUUGGACUCUCUGAUCGUGUGCAAAGCACGCCUAUACGUCGCUUCGUGACCGCCUGUUCCUCCAUCAGGGAGAUUUGCCCGCGAACUGCUGGCUUAUCUGCUGCAUUGUUGACUGUUCUGUUGAUCUGCAAGGUCGUGGGACAGCGGGGGGCACAACUGGAACGUGGAAGUGUUGCUCGAAAUCUCUGUGCCGGCGGCUGUACCGUCCUGCAGACCUCAGCCAACUUGGCAAUACUUGUGGCGGCAGCUGUGGUGCAGAAGUACAUGGCAGACAUGGGAGGCUUGGAGUCCUUGGAGCGUUUCGAAACUCCUUCUCCCGAAUAUGUCUUCCAACGCUGGACUCUGCAACAGUUCGUGGACACACUGCCCACGGCCGCACUCACAGCUUUUCUCACGCUUGGCAGUCAUCUCACCGUGGCCGAAAGAGUUCGACGCCCGACCGAUUCUUGGAACCCGAGGCGUGAGCUCUUUGCUCUGGGCUCUGCAAGUCUGCUGGCUGCUCUCGUGGGAGGGAUGCCUGUAAUGGCUAACCUCGCAAUCUGUCAGGCACUGCAGGGUGCAGCAGGCGGACUCGCUACUUUUGGAAACAUCUUCGGACACCUUGUGGCUUUCGUGACCGUCUCCCAACUAUCAAGUUUCGAUUUUCCCCGCUGUGCCGUCUCGGUGAUAUUGGUGGUAGAAUUUGCUCCAUUGCUGCGGAGCCUUCCUAGGGAAAUCUGGCACCUCUGGCAGCAGGCCUGCCUGACGUCCCCGAACAGUACGUUGCGUUUGAUCGUGGCGAGCGAUUUAAGCAUUUACUCUAUAGCGUUCUUAUCGCCUCUGGUCUUUGGAAUUGUCAACGGAUCGCUCAUUGCGGUCUGCAUGCAGGUGGCCGUCUCUUUGUCCAGGUUUGCAGGGCCCGGAUACGUCCACAUCGGCCAUGUGCCUGGAACCACCACCUACGAUGAAAUUGGGGUGCCGGGAUCCUCUGCAGUUCACCUGGAGAAGAUUGUGAUUACAAGGCCCCUUGGCCCUCGCUGGUUCGGGAAUGCGGCUGCAAACACCAGGGCGGCGAGACGCGAGCGGCGAAAUCUUGAUCGAGAGAUCCUUGUUGCGAUUGCAGACUGGCGCAUGGUCUCCUUUUUGGACGAGACUGCGCUUAUGCAUUACAAGCGCGAGUGGUCGAAUCUUGACGUGAAGGUCCUGGUGACGAACGCCUGUGCGACUGUGCGCCGGCAGAUUAAGGAGUGUGGGCUCACCGAUGUCCUCCAGCAGCCAGAGGAGACGCUUGUAGACUUGCAUGCUGCUGUGCUGUGGGCCCAAGACUACAUCAAAACAGUCGAAUCAAGCCGUGUUGUAAUCGGUAUGAGUGCGAACCGUCGCUCGUCUGCCCAAACAGCGGAUUAG